AACGAACAAGAUAAAAUCAUAAGGAAGUACUACAUUGAUUAGUCUAUCAUGCGCAAAGAUUUCGGAGACUUUUGAAUUCUACACACACCUCAAGUUCGGAGACAAUUUGCAGUGUCAAGCCAAGGAACGGACUGACAUAAGAAGACAAGAAUAGAAAGAAGAGAUGAAAUAGAAAAUAUUAAUGUGAAGAACCAACAUUCUUAAAGGCUUUAUCUUAUUCCCGAACAGUGCGUUUCAUGAUUGUGGACACUUCUAAUAUUGGGACUCUCAAAAUGUCCUUCAGUAUCGAUGCUUUACUUUCAAAUCACGUGUCUCAAAAAAAAGUACCUAAAGUAAGCAGCAAAGAACAAACAGAUGGAGGACCCCGUAGGUCUCCCACAGUCUGCAGUUCCAAAACACCGUCCAGAAAAGAACCACCGAGAUCGCCGUGCAGCUCCCCUCGGCCUUCUUCCUCGGGCUCCAGCCACAGGUGUGCCUCUAGUCCCGAGUCUAGUGUCUCUCCCUCCAAUUCUCUGAAUUUCUCCACCGGAAGUUUUAUUCCCCGUCCGGGACUUUUGAAUCCGCAGCAUCCAGGUUCUGUUAUUCCGCCAAAUCAUCUUCAUGGACUAUUCCCUGCCCACCAGAUGUACGGUUAUGGGUCUCAACCGGGUCAUCCUAUGUUACCCGUUUUACCGGGGAGUGCCUUUCACUCCCCCAUGAAUCCUGCUGGACUUAAAAUGUCUCCCUCACAUCAAGGGAUUCAGCCAUAUUUAAACGAGUGGUUUGCCAGAGGAGGCAUGUUUAUGCCCAGAAUGAUGGAUUAUGGAGCUCAGCAGCAGUCCAACUUGCUGGGUAAGACACGGCGGCCCCGCACUGCCUUCACAAGCCAACAGCUCCUGGAACUAGAAAGACAGUUCAAAAUGAACAAGUACCUCUCGAGACCCAAAAGAUUCGAAGUAGCCACUUCACUAAUGUUGACAGAAACACAGGUCAAAAUCUGGUUCCAAAAUAGACGUAUGAAAUGGAAAAGAAGCAAGAAAGCUAACGAUACUUAUAGAAAAAGCGGCGAGGAAACGAAUAAGGGUAGCGCCGGAGUACCGGAGAAUUCCAUUGCGCCAAACGACGAUAUGUACGACCUUGACCCGGAAUCAGAAGAUAUCGACAUUGAUGACGUCGAUGAUGACGAUGAACAUCCGGAAGCCAAAGACAUGACACUAAGUGCGAAACUACAAUCUCAUGAUUCUUUCCAAAUGGCAAAUCCGUCUUUUACAAUAAACAGUUUAAAUAUAAGACAAUCACAGGAUGUGUCAUAAGGAUGUUCAAGUUUUCGAACUUGCAGUGUUAAUUUUAAAUUUUGAGUGUGAGUGAAAAGUAUGCGUAAGUAUGUUGGCAGUAAUAUAAAAACAUUAUGUGUGAAAAUGAAGCCAGUGUUGUGUGUUAUUUUCGUACUACGUGUAAUGAUAAGAAUCAUGUAUAUGAUUUAUGUAUUUGUAAUAAUUUUAAAAUGUUUUUGCACAAUUUAUAUUAAAUGACAUCAAGUCAUUCAUGUUACUGUUAAAUUUAAGUACAUUGUUAUUUACAGAGUAUCAUGAUGUAACAGUUUCAUAAAUUAUUAUGCAAUUAUGUAAGUAAAUUUUACAAAACGCACAUUUUGUUAAUUGAUAAAGUAAAAUGUAUAAAAUAAAAAUAAGGAAAGGUAUUAACGUUUUUCAACACUUUUAGUAAUACAUAAUAGAUUAUUUUUCUAUUUCCUUUAAACUAUUGAGAUGGAAUUUUCAUUACUAUAUAAAUGAACUUUUCUAUGUUAGCGACAUCGUGCUUUCAACAUAAAUGUUUCAAUUUUAAAAAAUUGCAUUCUCAAACAAAAACUACUUUCACCUUUAAAACUUGAAAACAAUUUCUUUGAUAUAGGCCUAACUUUACUGUAAUUGUAUUUGUUUCUCACAAAGCAAAUUGAUAUGUGAAAAUCUCAAAAGAAUCGUUCGUGAAUAAAGAUUUAUAAAAUAUAUUUAAGCUAUUUGUCUGAUUUUUAAUUUAUACGACGUCUGCUUUGAUCAAAAAGAUUCUAGAGGACAUGCGCAGUUCGAGAAAUUUGAAAAAUAAGGAGACCGAGCCCGAUGAAAUAAGCUGCACGAAUUAUCAAGGUUUAUCCACAGUGGAUAAACCCCAUUAGAUUUAGAGGGAUAUGUUGUAUAGAAAAACGAAACAUACGGAUUAAAUUUGAAGUAAAACUCAUUUGAUGCAAUGGAUAUAGUGUAAAAAUUAAGAAGAACACACUGUCAUAACAACGAGCACGCGGUAAUUAGAGUAUUUUUAACAAGGCUUUGUACUUAUGGUAGUUUGUCAAACAUCAGUUUGGUAUAGGUCUGUCUAUUUCAUUUUCGGCCAUUAAAUUCAUUCAAUUAUUGGUUCUUAAAAAUCAGCAAACAAUUGUCUAAUUUUUUGUUGUGCGUACGUAUUAUCAAUACA